CGCAGCUCAUGGCGCCGCCUCCCGCCACCAAGAGCAAGCUCGUGCAGAAGAUCAAGCCCAACAAGGCCAAGAAGGCAGCUGCCAAAGCCGACGCCAAGCAGGCGAUCGUCCAAGUGGCUGCGACCAAUACUGUCGCGGUUGCGUCCAAAAGCAGUAAGAAGAAGAAGAAAAAGGCCAAGCAAGCGGCCACCGCCGACGAGGCCAAUGACGCUGCCAACGAUGUUGCUGACGCAGUCGCCGACGACGAGAUCGAAGACAAGACCGAUGCGAAGCUGGAGCUUGACGCGCUCUUCUCGGGUUUGAAGGCCAAGAAGAAGAAGGCACAGGCCGACAGUGCGGCCGAGCAAAAGCGGCUCGACGACGAGCGCGCCGAGAAGCUCGCGUACCGCAAGAAGCUCGAGAAGAUCGAGAACGAAUACAAGACGAAGCAUAGUGACAGCUCCAACCCGCAGCCAGUUCGCUACGAUGCGGACGGGCUCCCGAUCUACACGGCGGCAUCGCUGCGCAUCAACCAAGGCGGCGACACGGCCGACUGCCCGUUUGAUUGCUGGUGCUGCUUUUAAAUUAACAAGAAAUUCUGCC